AUGAAGCGGUACGUUGUGUUUGCGUUGGUGGCGAUGCUCUGCACUUUCAUUCCGUGCAACAAAUGCAAGGCAAUAGCCAGCUUUAAGGAUGAGCUCACUGGCUUUAGACUAACGGAACAGCAGCAUCCAGUUCUACCAAUCCUCAUACGACUAGGAGAACAGUACUUCAUCAGGCUCGACAACCCAAAGCAGAGUCUGUUGCAGGAAGAUGUGGAUGAGCUUGGAAACGUUUUAACAGACAACUUUAUCCAGCUGCCGGACUCGGCUGAGAGAAAGCGCAGGGGUGACGAACCGCCAAUCUCUUUGGAUUUGACAUUUCACCUGCUGCGUGAGGUGCUGGAGAUGGCACGGGCUGAACAGUUAGCUCAGCAGGCGAACAACAACAGAAAAAUCAUGGACUUCUUUGGGAAGUAA